GUCCCUCUGUUUUCUUAUGAAAUUGACGGUGUCCUCUGUUAAUGUUAAGUCGACGGCCUUAUGGUAGGUGUCUCCUAGCAACCUCUUCUUUAUGUUUUCACUGGCGACUCCCCAAACAAAUUGGUCACAAAGAUGGCUUUCCAAAUUGUUUCCAAAAUCGCAAUAGAUUGACAAUUUCUUUAGCUUAGCUACGUACGUUUUGACAUCUUCUUCUUGAGACUGCCUACAUUCCUUAAAUUUGUAGUGCUCCAUGAUGACGCUUGGCGUUGACUGUUUGUGAUUCUUCAUGACUUCUGUGAGCUCGGUUAUUUACAUCUGCGAUGGCAUCCUUGGAGAGACCAAAUCCUUGAUGAGGGCAUACCCUUUCGUACCCAACAUUGUCAAAAAUAAGACUACAUGCUUGUCACUAGGUCUGUGCGAGUCAAAAUUGAAAUUUUGUUUGUUUUGAUAGCAAAAUAAACCUGGGAUGUUAAAAAUCUACUUAUAUACUACGAUUGUCGAAUUUUUCCACAUAUCUGACGAAUACUAUGGUUUUUCCGACGAAUACUAUGGUUUUUCCGUGUUUCGUAACAAUGAUAUGUUGCUUAAAGCUUCGAGUCCUUUUCGAGUUUUUUUUCGAGCUUUUGCCUAAAAAAUAACUCGAUUGGUUAUUUGGACUGAUUUUUCAGCCUAUCAACAUUUUUUGCUUUUGUAAUCUAUUGAAUCUGUUAAAUCCGUAUAUUAACUUAAAAUCUAAACGCUUAUUAUAUAUUAUUAUGUUUUUGGUUUAAUUAUUCGCACCAUAAUGUCGUAACCAAAUGUAAAACUCGACUUUUUACUCGCACACCUCUACUUGUCAUUUCUAACUUCGAACAGUACUGUCUAUACAGUACUGUUCGAGUCUUUCAAUCCAUAACGACCAGUCAUCGUUGAAUGAACACUCUAUGAGUGAGCCUAUUGUGUACUUUAUUAUUGUUUCGACACGACGGAAGCUAUCACUAUUUGCCAAAUCCGCUAAUAGAGAACAGACAUGAAUUUUAAAACCUUUUUUAAAAUAAAGUUAAGGAUAAAUCUUACACAAAAGUACAAGGGUCACGAUUUUUUACUGCAAUAUUUGUCAAGUAAUAUUGCGUUGAAAAUUCCGUUUCAUACGUUCCGUUUCGUACGUUUUAACGAUUGAGAGCUCACGUGAUCAAUAUGGCGGCGCGAAGGAUGAAAAUAUAUAUGGAUGUAUAAACGCAUGUCAAUUUUAAUACAUAAAAUAACCUUAUUGUUUUCUAUAAAAUCAUAAUAGAGAUGAGAGAUAAUUCUUCAAAAUCAAAAUAGAUUUAUGAUGACUGAAUUUAUGUACUUAAAUGCCCGUACGUUAGGUUAGGUCUUUAUCCUUUGAGCCGCCAUAUAGGAGAGCUGUCGUUUUAAAAACUACUCAAACAUAAGAAUUAAUCAUAUUAGGGACUAGAGGUAUUAAAUCAGCCAAAAAGUGAUGCAUAACGUAUUCUUAUGCUAUUUCCUACUGUAUAUAAGUAUUUAUAUGUAUAUAGCAAAAUCAUGUCUGUUCCCUAUUGCUUUGCUGCUUCUAAAGCUGCCUUUUCUUCCUUCAGUCGCUCCAGCUCUUCUUUGUUUGCUUUUUCCCGCUCCAUAAGCUCUUGUUCGAAUUCCUCUAACUCCUCUUGCGACCGUUUUGGAGGCAUCUUCGAUUAUUCGUGUAAUGUGAGUAGAGUAUCAGAUUCUCUAUAUUUAGUUAUCCCGAAAUAAAAAAAAACAUCCAAAAAUGUGCAGUAGUCGCCGAAAAAAGCGAGUGAAAAGAUGCGACGCUGCGUGCAGCGCGCCUGUAUAUCUAUACAUAGGCGCGCUUCCCCUCAUUCCCCCACUCCUCGCACGCUCGCGCGCGCUCGGCCGCUUUUGCCGAUUUUUAACUACAUGUUUCGACCAUUUCAAUACAUUUCUACAAAAACUUGGAAUAUACAUCUUUUAGUAUUUUACUUAUACUUUUGAAUGCUGGUAUUAGAAUUAAAAUCUGACCAUUUGUAACGCAAGAAGGCUUCCGAUAAAAAUAUGCAUACAAUUGAAAUUGCAAUUGCGCAAAAACUAUUGGUACGACAGUGCCUGCCUUUCACACACUUAAAGUUGAUAUAACUAUCUACCUCUGUGCUAAAUGUGUUACACUGGGAACGCCAGCACCGGUACAACAGUCCGGUCCGCGUUUAAUAUUCCGGUGCUGCGCUGUUGUUAUAAAAUUGUUCCGUGUCAGCUGAUUAAGUUUGUUUUUACGUAGUUGUUACCUCUUAACAUUACAAAGUACACAAAUAUAUUUUUUAAUGAUAUAUGUAAUAGUUUAUAUAAUUUUCUAUAUUAUUAAUAUGAAUCUUGAAAUGCAAAAUCUAAUCUAUAGUGUUUAAACAUUUAAAUUAUGGAUUCAAUAAAACCCUAUAACUAAACAAAUUAUUUUUUAUUUAUUUCCUAUUAUUUAUUAUUUAUUCUAUUAUUAUAUUAAUUAUAUAUAUCAAAAUUAUAGAAUGUAUUGUCUGCAGUAACCCGUUAUCGGCGACUUCACGCUCGGACACGGCAAGAGUUUGCGACUUCAACGUCUGUACGUCAGUUGUUAUACGUCAUUUCUUCCAGACCUUCCAGGUCCAGCACUUCCAGCAGCCACGACAAUCAACAAUGCCGGAGCCGGAGCAACGUAACGAUCACAUUGACGCGGAAUUUCAAAUUGUGUUACCGAAUUCGUUUUUGAGAAAUUAAGAGUAACAUAAACAUAACGUCUCUCUCUUCGCCAGCUGAAAGGACCGAACUGCCUUAAAAUGUACUAUAUUAAUGCAAAAUUCAAUUAAUUUAAUAGACAAAUUAACAAUCAUGAAUGGUAAUCGUAUAAAUUUAGAGAUUGAUGAUUGGAUUUCUUCUUCUACGCUCCCUGAUAGGAGAUAAGGUAGGAAAGGACAAACAGACAGGGUACAAAGAAUAGAGAUAAUACUGAGUGCUGGUUGAGACUAGAUUCCAUUUCUAAAAGGAAGAUUGCGAUAGUAUCGAAUUGAAGCUCUUACAGAGCCAAUUCAGACCGUUAUCAAAAAAUUUCGUUGGUGGGUACAGUGGAAAUAGGGAGUAACUUCCGAGAGUUCAACAACAACAGAAUCGCUAAGCCAACUUCUAGUAUACUUAUUAAACUAUGUACAAGUUGACUAGGUCUGUUCGCACCGGCGGCCAAGCCGUGACUGCCUGAUGAAAGUGAGCUUCCAAGCUCCCCUCGCGCUCGUCACGUCGUGGUGCUCCGCUAGGCGACGCGUCGGGCCGCAUGUGGUGGUAGGAGGGGACCGCCAUAUAGAUAGUAGACCUCUUCUUUGCUACGUUUUGAACAAGACACGACUGAACAACUGAACUGAACCUAUUGUAGAAAGGCUCCAGAAGAGCCGUACGGCAGUCCCGCCAUCUACGACACUAAGGGCCCAGACACGCAAAAAACAUAAGUCGCGGGACAUAAGUUUUAACAUUGGUUACUAUAUCUAUAUAUAGCGGAAUAGGUAACUUAUUUCCAGUUAAAUCCACUUAUUUCUUUCUAUAUAAAAAUAGUAACCUAACCAGUGUUAAAACUUAUGUCUGACACCUAUGUUUCUAGCGUGCCCGAAGCCUUAAGAUAGCCUUGUACUGCGGCCUUAACCAUCAUUAGCGUUCUCCUGCAGAAGGUCUAUACUUAUAUUUCUAAGUAACAGUUAUGUACUAUACAGUUAGUACAGCUGCGUCUUUGGUUGUACAGACCUCUGGUGCCACUAACCACAAAAAAGAAGAAUACAGUUUCUGAAUAGUAGUGUAAUUGUUUGAAAGCAGACAACCCUAAGAACAAAAUAUGCCUCGUGCAGAAGAUAUUUUGAGAGGAUUUCAAAUUAAUUGGAUAAAUUUACGUGAUGCUGAUACUGGAAAACUCUUGUGGCAAGGAAAUGAAGACUUGUCAGUGCCAGAUAUUGAACACGAAGCACAUGUGCCAAAAAAAAUACUACGUUGUCGUGCAGUAUCUCGAGAAAUCAAUUUCAGUACAGCAGAACCAAUGGAAAGAUUUAGAUUGGAACAAAAGGUUUUGUUUAAAGGACGCUGCUUAGAAGAGUGGUUCUUUGAACUUGGCUUUGUUAUUCCUAAUAGUACUAAUACAUGGCAAAGUUUAUUUCAAGCUGCACCAGAAAGUCAAAUGAUGCCAGCAAAUGUUUUAAAUGGGAACAUGGUGAUUGAAACUAAAUUCUACGAUGAUAAUCUCUUAUUAGCAACAAGUCGACUGCGAUUAUUUUAUGAUUAAUUAUUUUGUAUUAUUAUAAUUGUUAAUUAUUCUGUAAAUUUUAAAAAUACUAAGUUAAAUAUUAACAAUGGAUAUUUUUUAUAUAAAAACUUGAAUAGUAUAUUUAAGCUAAAGCUAUAGAAAAGAAUAUUACUGCUAUACGAAAAUGAAGGUAAUAGAAAAACAAAUUGUGAUGAGCUUCUAUGUAAAUCCCAGUUUUAAGAGAAAUUAAUUUAUCAUUUAAAUUAUCUUAUAAUUUCUGCUGGUCAUUGUGCAUUUAUAUGCUUUUUUGCGUUUAUGCAUUAUUCAUGUCAUAUUGAAAAAUAUUAAUUCAUGUAAAAUGUUUGAACCCUGUACAAAUUUUUUAUAUAAAGGAAGCAUUAAUGCACAUUUUUAUAUUAUAAAAUAUAAAAUAAUAAAAUUAAGCACUUGUUGAUCCUUGACACCUUCCUCAAAGUAUUAUUUGGAAAAUUUUAAAUUGAAUUUUCUAAAGGACGAGGAAAAAGUUUUUGUUAUCCAUUAAAAAUUAUGUAACAAUGCAAAAUCAUCAAAUAAAUCAAUCAUCAGUAAAAAA